AUGUCGACCAUUACCGAAAUCCUGACCGACGAGCAGUGGCAGCAGGUGCUCAGCUCUGCGCCCGCCUCAACCCUCAUUGUCGCCUCUUUCCACGCACCCUGGGCGGCGCCAUGUGCCCAGAUGGCAACGGUUCUGUCCACGCUCGCAUCCGAAUAUCCCGUCACCGAUCCUCUGAGCACCCAGUGGGUGUCGAUCAAUGCUGAGGACCUCAGCGAUAUCAGCGAAACCUACGAUGUGACCGCGGUUCCUUACCUGGUGCUGCUGCGAAACGGCGAAGUCGUCGAGACUGUUAGCGGCAGCAGCGCCGUCAAGGUGCGGACGGCUAUCGAGAAGCACGCAAACAAGGCUGGAGGUGCAACACAAGAUGCUGCCGCGCCUAAUGGGGCUGCUCAGGCCGCCGAAGUGGCCCAGGCCGAUGCCACCAUCGUUGAUCCGGCCAAGCAGAAGGAGGAAUUGUUCAAGCGCCUCGGCGACUUGGUCAAGGCAGCCCCCGUUAUGCUCUUCAUGAAGGGCACACCCAGCUCUCCCCAGUGUGGCUUCUCGCGGCAAAUGGUUGGAAUCUUGCGCGACAACUCUGUCAAAUACGGAUUCUUCAAUAUCCUGGCCGACGAUGAUGUGCGACAGGGCCUGAAGGAGUAUGCUGAGUGGCCGACUUUCCCACAGCUGUGGAUGGAUGGCGAACUCGUUGGUGGUCUAGACAUCGUUAAGGAGGAGCUCAGCAGCAACGAGGAAUUCUUCAAGCCAUACAGCGUCACUGCUGAACCGACGGCGGCGUAAACAAAACCAAGAAAGGUGUAGACAACACCUCCUCACAUUUCCGUCUGUGACAUCUCUGGUGAAAAUAAUUUUGUCCACCUUUAUGGGUUGGUGGCGGAGCCGUGACAUAGUGCCAUAUCGAAAUAUUCUGGCCUACCUAACUGCAGUAAGACGUGUACUAUGCAGGCCCGGGAGUGAGAUGCUUGGGACGAGAGCAUAAAGGCGAAUUUGCCCCUGCAUAUCGAGCUAUCGGAUGAGCGAAAUUGGAAUUGGAAUUGGAGCGUUAUACCUGUCGAUGAGGCGUCUAUGAUUGCGUUUUCAGAGUUGAACAUGCAUGGCCAACAGUAGAAAAGAGAAGCCCUUCACUGGGCUGGUCAUGGCUGCCGAGUCGGGUAUUUGAUGAGGCCAAAAGCAGAGGGGGAUAUGGAUAUGAUGUAUGAAACUCAAAAUAUUAUAAAUGAAAAAUAGCAAUUUGACAAUAUG